AUGUCGCGAGCACCCGCCCGCAAUGGAGCUGCUCCACGUCGCCCAGGAGAUGAAGAUGACAUCUGCCCUGUCUGCAAAUCCUCCCGCUACCUCAACCCAUCCAUGCGCUUCCUCGUGAACCCCGAAUGCUACCACAAGAUUCGACAUAAGGAGAAGGGUGGCAUGGGGGUGUUCAACAAGCGGGAAGAAGAGUUUGAGAGCCUGAGAGACUGGAACAAUUAUCUGGAGGAGGUGGAGAACCUGACGUGGAAUCUGCUGCAGGGGGUUGACGUGAAGGAGACGGAGAAGAAGCUGGAUGCGUACAAGAGGCAGAACGAGCAAGAGAUCAAGCAAAACGCCGCGAUCGAGUCGCAGGAAAACGCAAACACGGAGGCCCAGUUCGCCGCGCAGAGGGAACAAGCGCGUCUUCGGCGCGAGGCGGCUCGGAACGAAGAGCUGGACGAGCGCAGGGAGAAGGAAGAGGGCAGGAGGGAGAUGGUCGAUAUGAUGGCGAGGGGCGACGGGGAUGCAGAUACCAUUGCCCGCGAAACCCAAAAGGUCGUCCUCAAGAAAUCCACGGCACGUCGAACGGCCGCCGAAAGGUCCCGCCAACAAGCCGCCGCCAAAGUCGACAAUGGCGCCGCCGGCCCCUCUCUUCUCGAUCCAAGGGCUCAAACGCGUCGUCCAACCCGCGCCAGAGAAACAAUACGAUCCCUUCGGCGGGUAUGUGAUCAAGCCUGA